AUGGCGGUGGAAGUUUUGGGCGAGCUUGAGACGGAGUUGCCGCCUCGAAACCCGUGCAAUGCACUUGCAACGGCGAGCAGACUGUUUCCCGAUGGCCCUGAACUUUUCAAGUUCAAGCAUGCGCUUUGUGUGCUCACAGACCAAGGCAACGGCGGCCAGUGCCUGCUGGACGCAUUUGAGGAUAUUUCUGUGUGUUGUGUUCAACAGUGGGAACUCAUAUCCGGCCCUGAUCUGCUGGACCUGCUGAAUGAGCACGGUGGGCGAAUGCCUGAGGAAGUGACAGCCUUCUACUUUUACCAGCUGGUGAAAGGGGUUGUGUUCAUGCAUGAAAAUGGAUUCUGUCACAGAGAUUUGAAGCCUGAAAAUUGCAUGGUGGAGAAGCACACACAACUCUUGAAGAUAAUUGAUUUCGGGCUGAGCAAGCACAUCAACAGUGUGAAUACUUUGGGGUGA